AUGUUUCGUAACCCAUGGAUCUCUAGUUACCAUGUGAACCAUGAGCAGCCAUGUGGCCAAGAAUUUGAGUCUAAAGCUCGCAACAAGCUCUGCAGCUCCACUUCGUUGCCGACAGAAGCCUUAAGUUUUCAGAGUGAUUUCUCCUUGGGUGACAAGACCGCCUUGGUCAAGAGUGUUUCAGAUACAGAUGCCAAACUUCUGGCUGUCCUUCCCAAGGUUUCAGAGUUAAAGAAAUACUUUGAAGCACCUGUUACAAAGGAUUUGGGAAUGAACAGGAAGGAGAGGAUAGCACGGCGUCUGGAGGGGAUGGAAAGCGAUGCUCCCCCUGCGCUGGUACCUGGUGGUUUGGUAGCCAACAGGAUGCUGGAGGAGGAUCCUCCGCGGUACACCCGCGCCUCAGAUCCCUGUGAGCCUUGUGUGAUGGUGAGGCGCUACAGUCGAGAGGAGCUGGAGGCCCCACAGAAGCAGCUCUCGUCUCGAGACAGAUCGCCUCAGGUCAAAAGUGGUGUUGGCAGUGGACGCUCGGAGCCCAUGGUGGUGUAUGUUGACCCAGUAACAUUAUCCACCUCUUCUACACCCACAUCUGGCCCCGCAGACUCCACCAGCCUCAGUUCCAAGGCAGAACGCAUCGCACGCUACAAAGCAGAGCGUCGCCGCCAGCUGUCAGAGCGUUACGGCAUCCUUCUGGACCAGGAGCCAGACAUUGAUUACACACCACGCUACCGCUCCCGGCGAGAUACAGAACCAGCCUCUGACCGACAACCGGCUGCUAGGCGAGAAAGAGACAGACAGGAAGCUGAGGAGCCAGGACGGGACCCCAGGGUGCCAUAUCGCUCUGGAGUGGGCAGGGUUUACAUGAGGACACACCCAGAUCCUGCUGCUGUUCCCACCUCCAGCCCCGCCCACUCCAACCAAGCCCCUCCCCCAACACAAGAAAGGCAGAAAAGAUUUUCGGAGCGGGAAAGAGCGAUGAACAUAGAGAACUACCGGCGGGGUGGAGCUCAAGAGCGCCCAGUCACGUCCAGAAGCAGAACACAGGAGCAACAUCCGCCCCAACAGCAGCAGCAGCAGCAGCAGCAGCAACCGCACCACCACCAGGACGCCACCCACCAGGAGCCAAGCCCCGCCUCCACCAGGGAUUACAGCAUCGCAGCCGUGCCCAGCUCCCCUCGCACCGCCCGCCGGGCCUCCCUGCCCUCCACUCGCUACGGCAUCUCACCUGGGGAUUUAUUUAUAGAGCAGCAGGCCCAGAGCAUCCUCAACAGGCAGGGAAUCCGAGUAAGGGAACGAUUGUCCCGGGAUGAAACUGUCCAGAAGCCUCCUGACUGGAGUCCAGACAGGCACCAGAGUAACAGACAGCGUACUCAGGGAAGCGCUGCCCAGCAUACGCCACAACGCUCAGAACCCACCCACCAAAGGACUGUUCCCCAGCCUCAGCCCAGCUCAGGCCACCACCCUGCCCACGGCCAAACAGCCUACCCUCUCUCCUCCCAUGACCACCAACACUCUGGCACUGCUGUUGACUCUCAACCCUAUAUGGCCAUCCCUGCCCCAGUGGCCUCUGCCAAACUAGCUGGACCUCCUGAGGUACUACCACGAAGGAGAGUGAGUGCUGACCAAAUCUAUGCCGCCCACAGGGAUGCGAGAUUAGAAGCCAGGCAGGCCCUGAAGGAAGAGGCCCAUACAGAGGGCUUGCUGAAGAGUAGGAAAGCUGUGUUGCCUUCAGAGAUCCGCCGAAGGGAAAAGAGUGUGGAUGAUCCUCAUAGGGGCCGGCAUGAAGACAUGGACUUGCCAAACUACAGCCCAGAACAGAGGAGGAUAACUCGAGGCGAGGAAGACUGGGACCGGGAGAGACCGAGGGAGAGGGGGAGGGAGAGAAAUGUCGAGAGGAUCAGAGAAAGAGGGAGAGAGCAUCUCUCAAGCCAUGAGAGCCAAGAGGAGAGAGUUUUUAGAUCUUUGCAGCCUGCCCACACCUCUGUUCGCCAGCCGCCCAGGCACCAUCAGUCAUCAGAGCCUGUGUACCAUCAAGAGCCACAAACUCAGCAACAAGAGCGCCCAAUGCAACAACAGUAUGAGCCUAGAAGAAGACAAAUUAGUGCUCAAAUUCAGCAGCAAGAUGCUCAAAUGCAGCAUCAGUAUGAACAAUCAAGACAGCCACAAGAGCCUCAAAGGCAACAUCAGUCUCAAAGACAGCAGGAGUCUGAGCUCCAAAGACAAGAGCCUCCAAUUCGGCAGCAAGACCCCCAGAGAAAUCAACCAGAGCCCAAACUAGAAGGAGACUUUGAGCCUCAGAGGCAGCAGCAGCAGCAGCAGCAGCCGGAUCCAUCAGGGAGGUUUGACUCAGCCGUCUACCUGCAGAAGGGCUCCUCUUUGCCUCAGGUCAAAAACAGAAGCAUGGAAAUGAGCGGAGGUCCCAAACCCAAGAUACGAACCCGCUCCAUGUCAGAUAUAGGGAUAAGCCAGCAUACUGCCAUGUAUCGCAUGGAUAGGGCAGCCGCCAGCAGAGAGGCAGCGAGGGCCGUCGCUCCAUCGGGGAUGGCUAACGGGGAGAUGGGCGGCCUGGACACCAGGGUGUCGGUAGCACAGCUGCGACACUCUUAUCUGGAGAAUGCAAACCGGAAACCUGAGUUUGAGACUACUAAAGUAGAUCUGCCAACAAUGGAGGUAGAUCCAGCUAGCGUCAGUGAUCGGGACAGGGCCGCCCGGAGGCCUCGGCGUUACAUCACUCCAGGAGACAGUCGCAUGUCGGAGAGGUUUAGGACCCAGCCCAUCACCUCUGCAGAGCGGCUGGAGUCAGAUAGGUCUCGUCUGAGCCCAUCACAGCUACAGGAUCCAGAAGAUGAAGAAAAACUGGAUGACAGAGCCAAGAUGAGUGUGGCUGCCAAGAGGUCUCUCUUCAGGGAGCUGGAAAGGACAUCAGAAGGAGGUGUUCCCAAACCACGCUCUCGAAACGCUGCCGUAGAACGGCGACUGAGAAGAGUUCAGGAUCGGUCGCACACACAACCCGUCACCAACAAGGAGGUGGUCAAUGCUUCAAGUGAUCCCGCCACAUCGUCACAACCUCUGGGCAGCCACACUAAUGUAACUCGCGUCCCCAGCCCCACUGUAGUCAGCACCAGUGUGACCAGCAUCAGCAUCCAGGCCUCCUCCCAGCCAGACUCAGCAGUCCAGGAUCAGGAGAAUGAGACCCAGGAGCACCAGAAACCAGCUCAGGCUCCCAGUGCUGGGGCGGAGAGAGAUAUCCAGGAGUUUUUCUCCGACGAGCCGGACCUUUCCACCCUCACCUUGUCUGAGAAGAUGGCCCUCUUCAACCGCCUCGCUCAGCCCACAGGCAAGCCCGCCGAGGGGGCCCGAGGAGACACACGCCAGCGCAGGGCCAACGCCCGGUUUCAGACUCAACCCAUCACCCAGGGAGAGGUGGAGCAGGAAGUCGAGCCACCGGUAUCCUCUGAGGUGUGUAACGGUGACUUAGAGGCCAAUCAGGGAGAACAUCUGAAAAACGGAGGAGAGAUCAAACUGGAGCCCCUGUCAGCUUCCCUGAUCCGCUCUGUGGCAGCCGUCACCUCCCAAGCCUCCGUCACCACAGUAACCGUCACGCCAGGCGGCGGCGGCGUUGGCGAUGAUGACGGUCUCCGUCCAGGGAAGUCCACCGCUAUCCCCUACAUCCCUGCCCAACAACAGGCGUCCAGCAACACAGCCAGCCACCAGGAGAGGGCGUUGAGGUAUUUCUCCAUGACCCAGAGCGGGGACCCGGGCCACCCUGAUCCUGAGCUCAACUCCUCCCCUCUCCUCCCUGAAAGCCGACAGAGAGCGGGGGCUCCUUAUGCUCCCACCUCCUCCGCUGGUCACAGACAGCAGGGAGAGGAGGGCUGGAGAGAGCGUCAGGAGGAGGAGGAGGUAAGGGGGAGACAGCAGGGAGGAGCCAGAGAAGAGAUCCAAGACGGUAGCAUUAAGGGAAAGCUGCACACCCCCGACAGGGACCGGGACGGCAGGCAGCAGCAGCAGCAUCCCCAGCCUCACUCUGCAGAGCCCUCUUUGUGGAGGGGCGAGUCGGAGCCUCUGCCCAGCUGGAGAGCCGCAGACGGACACUCCCAGGAGAGCAGGGAGAGAGCAGAGGGAGGAGGAAGAGGAAGAGGAGGGUACCUGAGAGAGGCAGCUCACAGCUCCUCCACACAGGAGCAGGAGAGGAGCAGCGGCAGGAGCCAGCCAGGCAUCUCAGAUUUGCCGGAUCAUCCUGCACCACUGAGGCCACUGAUAGCUAAAGUGUCAUCCAGGACAGUGUCUCACGUUUCAAGCAGCCAGCAGCAAACCAACAUCCAGCCUCCUCAAACUCUUCCUAAACCCUUCGCACCUCAGCCUCCUCCAACAGCACCCAAACCCUCGGCUGACAUCCAGCCACACUCCCAGCCCCCCCCAACGUUCCCCAAACCUUUCUCUCAGUCCUCACAGUCCCAGUCCAAACCUCAGGGAUUUGUCCAGCCUCUCCCGAAGCCUUACGCACAGACAGCCCCCCAGCCUCAGCCCAAACCCCAGGUGCCCCCGCAGACACCGCCCAAACCCCAGUCCUUCCCCCAGGCGCUGGUGAAGUCCCAGUCCCUGCCCCUGGACCCCAGCGAGGACUUAAGCAGGCACAGUGUCCAUUCUGGAGAUCUGCUGUCCCCGACAGACUCUGGAGACCAACUGUCUGACGGCAUGUCCGCCAAACAGAUGUCCAUCAAGGAGAGAGUGGCACUGCUGAAGAAGAGUGGUGAGGAGGAUUGGAGGAACAGGAUCAACAAGAAACAAGAAGUGGUUAAGGUGGCGUCCACCGAGCAGCAGGCUCAGCUAUGGGAGUCCGAGCAGACCAGCGAGAAGAAGGAGGAAGGGGUGGUCGUUCAAGACUACUCCGCUGUGUCUGUGUCUGAGCAGCUGUGGGAACCUGUCUUCUCUUCCACCUUUUCUCCCACUAUCUCCCUUGGCCAAAAGUGUCAGUAUAUUGACCAUCCUAGUCAGAAGACGGGAGAGGAGAUUGAGGCCCAGAUGACCAUUGAGGAGAGAAAACAGAUGAUUUCGGUCCGUGAGGAUGCCUGGAAGACAAAGGGCAAAGGAGCAGCCAAUGACUCCACCCAGUACACUGUGGCAGCUCGUAUGGUCAAGAAAGGCCUGGCAGCCUCCUCCUCAGUUAUCAGCCCCAUCCUGUCACCGGUCUCCACCAAACUCAAGAGCAGCAUGCCCGCUGUCAACAAACCACAAGAGGAAAUUGAGGCCAGACCAGAAAUGGAGUCAGAUAAAAAACUUGACAAGUUGGAGAGCUUCUUGGGACGUCUAAACAGCAAAGUGGCAGGUCUGCAGGAAACCACCAUAACAGUCACAGAGAAAGCCGUGAAGGAAGUGAUGAAGCUGGAUGACGAAAUCUUCUCCAAGUUCUACAGACGCGUAGCUGAAUUUCCUCGCAUGCCCACCAGGAUCGAGAUCAAUGAAGAUUUCGACAGCAUCUUUGGUUCUCAGGGUCCAAAGUUGACUUCGGCCAUGGUGCAGCACAAGCGGUCGGUGCGUCCGUCCAGGAACGUCCAGGCGUCCAGAAACCCUGUGAAGAUGCUGGCGGCCAGAGAGGACAUCAGACACGAGUACACAGAGCAGAGAUUAAAUGUGGCGCAGCUGGAGAGCAAGAGGAUGAAGGCGGAGAAGAUGACUAAAACCUCAGAGUACUCUGAUGCUGCUCUGGCAGGUCUGGCCAGUAAAGAAAACUUCAGCAGCGUGAGUCUGCGCAGUGUCAACAUCUCUGAGCAGAUGUCCAACAACAGCGCCGUGCCGUAUAAGAACCUCAUGCUGAUGCAGGUCAAAGGUCGUCGUCACGUUCAGACCAGACUAGUGGAGCCGAGAGCGUCAUCACUGAACAGCGGCGACUGUUUCCUGUUGGUCACUCCAGAGAACUGCAUCGUCUGGAUAGGAGAGUUCGCAAACGUCAUCGAGAAGGCGAAGGCGAUAGAUUUGGCCACCUUCAUCCAGACAAAGAAAGACAUGGGCUGCAGGGCGAGCCAGGUGCAGACCAUCGAGGAAGGGGUCAACCCACAGGGUCCAGAUACCCAGCAGUUCUGGAGCAUCCUCGGAGGACAGACUGCUUAUCAACCGGCGGGUCCACCAGAGGAGGACGAGCAGUUUGAAAACGGCAUCGUGGAAACAAACUGUAUCUUCAGACUGCUGGAUGACAAACUGGUUCCUGAUGAUGACGAGUGGGGGAAGGUCCCCCGCAGCUCUCUGCUGGCACCCAAGGAGGUGCUGGUGUUUGACUUUGGUAGCGAGGUGUAUGUGUGGCACGGUAAAGAGGUGACUCUGGCCCAGAGGAAAGUGGCCUUCCAGCUCGCCAAACACCUUUGGAACGGGACGUUUGACUACACCUGCUGUGACGUCAACCCGCUGGACCCUGGAGGCUGCAACACACUCAUACCAAGAAAAGGCCAGGGCCGUCCUGAUUGGGCGAUAUUCGGCAGGCUGACGGAGCACAAUGAGACCAUCUUGUUCAAGGAGAAGUUCGUGGACUGGACUGAAGUGAAGUCACCAACGCCAAAGGAAGGCUGCGAGCUCGUACCCGAGCAGAAGGAGGCCCCGGGAAGAGAAUGCCGGCCUUACGACGCCACCCUGAUGCUGCCCGUCCUCCAGUCGUCCAUUUCCACCAUCCUGGAAGGGACGAAUGUCGGACGUGGCCACGGCCCGGUGGAGACAGAAGACCACAUGAGGACUCAGGAGAUCACAACAGCGUCCGUAGACGUCUGGCACAUCCUGGAGUUCGACUACAGCCGUCUGCCACGCCAGAGCAUCGGCCAGUUCCACGAGGGAGACGCCUACGUGGUCAAGUGGAAGUACAUGAUCAACACCUCAGUUGGUCGUAGGCAGAACCCCGAGGCGAGGAGCAGCGGGCCGGGGAAGGAGAAAUGUUGCUAUUUCUUCUGGCAGGGUCGACACUCCACCGUCAGCGAGAAAGGAACAUCAGCGCUGAUGACGGUGGAGCUGGACGAGGAAAGAGGAGCACAGGUUCAGGUGCAACAAGGAAAAGAGCCUCCAUGUUUCCUGCAAUGCUUCAACGGAGGGAUGAUCGUCCAUGCUGGCAAGAGGGAGGAGGAGGAGGAGAACACUCAGAGUGAGUGGCGUCUGUACUGUGUGCGGGGCGAGGUGCCGGUGGAGGGCCACCUGCUGGAGGUGGCGUGUCACUGCAGCAGCCUGCGCUCCAGAGCCUCCAUGAUCCUGCUCAACAUCAACAAGGCCAUCAUCUACCUGUGGCACGGCUGCAAGACGCAGCUGCACACUCGCAGCGUGGGAAACACGGCCGCACUCAAGAUCAAAGAGCAGUGUCCUCUGGAGGCAGGUCUCCACAGCAGCAGUAAGGUGACCAUUCAUGAGUGUGAUGAGGGAGUGGAGCCUCCGGGCUUCUGGGAGGCUCUGGGGAGAAAAGACAGGAAGGCCUACGACUGUAUGCUGCAAGAUCCGGGGAAAUUUAACUUCACUCCACGGCUUUUCCAGCUGAGCAGCACAUCUGGAGACUUUGUGGCGAAUGAGUUCUUCCACCCGUCCAGAGCUCCAGAUGUGGUCAGCUCACUGCCGUUCCUGCAGGAAGACCUGUACAACACCCCACAACAACCAGCGCUGUUCCUGGUGGAUAACUUCCACGAGGUCUACCUGUGGCAGGGCUGGUGGCCUCAGGACAGCGAGUGCACCGGCUCGGCUCGCAUCCGCUGGGACGCAGACAGGAAGUGUGCGAUGGAGACGGUGCUGCAGUACUGCAAAGAGAAAAACGAGAAGAAGCCUCAGAAGUCGUAUCUGAUCCACGCCGGUCUGGAGCCGCUCACCUUCACCAACAUGUUUCCCAGCUGGGAGCACAGAGAGGACGUGGCUGAGAUCACCGAGAGGGAGGCGGAGGUGUGUAACCAGAUCAUCCUGGUGGAGGACGUGCUGGCCCGGCUCUGUCAGAACACCUUCCCUCUGGCUCAGCUGCAGGCCCGGCCGCUCCCGGAGGGGGUCGACCCGCUCCGCCUGGAGAUCUACCUGUCCGACCAGGACUUUGAGAAAGCUUUGGAAAUGAAGAGAGAGGAAUAUGAAGGUUUACCAGGGUGGAAGCAAGUGAACAUAAAGAAGGCCAAAGGACUGUUCUAAGGAAGCUUUUUAAACUGAAGAUGGACAGUCGAGACGGAGACACAGGAAAUGUCACAUAAACCUGUUUUUGGUGGAAACACGCAGGGACGCUGAGAUAGAAAGUAUCGGAAUCUGAAGGAAACGUACAUGAAAGAUGAGACUGGAGAUGCGCCCGCCUUGCUUAUAGUCAUGUUUUACCUUUCAACUUUGUCAUUACAUAACAAACUUAAAACUAAAAGAAGGUAAAAAAAAACACCUUGCUUCAGUUCAUACGUGGUGUUUGUGUGUAUUUGGAGUCUCCUCCAAACACUAAAGUCACCACUCGUGGACUUACGGAUGAAAAUGUGCACACUAGGACGCUUGGUGUCAGAGUGCCAUGCUGUGGCUGUGUGUGUAUGUGUGUGUAUGUGUGUGCGACUGUAUAUAAUGUUUGUGUGUAUUGUUUAUUUGUGUAAAUGUGUGUGUAUCUAUGUAAAAACAAAUUCUGUCACGUCAGAUGUUGUGAGAAAAGCCGUCUUUUUUUCUUUUUUUUUCUUGUCUACAGUGUCUGGAUGCUGUCAGGCCACGUAGGGAACUCGUGUUGCUCGAUUGUGUUAAACUGCUGAAGUGACUCUCGACUUACUGAGACGUGUUUCUGAGUUGUAAUUUUAAAAGGUUUGACUUGUUCGAGAAGGAGAAGCAGCAGCUCUGAAUGUAUAGUGCCUUGCUUUUUGUGUACAGUUUAUAUACAGAAAUUCUAGUCUGCAUUUUUAAAGACUUUCUUUGUGAUAUAAGACAUAGUGAAUUAAAUCACAGUAAUGCUCAACUCAAA